AUGGGUUCAGUUGCAUCGGGGCCGUUGGCUCCUGCUGAUGUGGGGGCCCUGAACCCUGCAUGCAGGGAGAGGCUGCUAGAGCAGGAGGGCUUAGCAGCAGCAGCAGCAGCAGGAGGCUCUGCUGCUUCUUCUCUUGCUGUGCAACAGCUGCUGGGGCUGGGUGAGGGCAGCGGAAGAGCAGCAUUAUACACGUUCUUUGCUGGCAGCAGAUGGGCUGCGGCGGUGCAGCAGCAGCCGGGAGCUGCUGCAGCAGCAGCAACGCCGCCAGAGAUGCUGCAGCGGGAACAGGAAGCCCUGCAGCAGCUCGCCAAGCAGCAGCGAGAAGAAGAAGAAUUAGAGGCCCUGUGCGCAGCAGCAGCAGCAGCAGCAGUUGAUUCUCCGGAAGCAGCAGCAGUAGCAGCAGCCACACAGGCAGCACACAUCCGGGCAGGAUCCAGCGCAGUAGCAGCAGCAGCAGCAGGUGCUGCUGCUGCUGUGCGUGAUGCUGCAGACUCCCCCAGCAUCUGUCCAGGCUGUCUGCAGCAUCAGCAGGUGCUGCGAGUGGCAGCAGCACCUGCUGCGCUGCUGCUGGAGGCGCCCCACGGCAGCGAGGCCCCUAACGUAUUAUGUUAUGUGAAUGAGGGGCUCCCCAGCAGCAGCAGCAGCAGCAGCAGCAGCAGUACUGCGGACGCCUCGGAGCAACACCACCACCAGCAGCACCAGCAGCAGUACGGCAGCAGCAGAAGCAGCAGCAGCAGCAGCAUCUCCCCCACGCCUGUGGGGCUGAGCAGGAGCGGCAGCAAGGCGUCCCUAGAGUCGAGCAGCAGUGCAGCAACGGAAGGUGAGGAGGAUGAUUUGCUGCUGCAGCAGCUGCUGCAGCAGCUGCAGCAGCAGCGGGCUGCUCUUCCGUUGCAGGGAGUGGUGCUGUUUGAGCUGCAGAAACAGCCGAAGGGGGGAGACCCUUUGCUGCUGCACAUUCGCAGCAAGAAGCAGCAGAAGCAGCUGAGGAGACAGCUGAUGCAGCAGCACACUGCACGUAAAGUUUUUACCUCUCCUCGCCGUCUGCGGCAUCACUCGCAGCAGCAGCUGGAGCAGCAACAGCAACACCAGCAGGAGCAGCAGCAGCAGCAGCAGCAGCAUCAACGGGAGCCUUCCCCUCCCCCAGCGAUGGUUUGUAUCGAGUCAGGCCGUCUGAGUGUAGAUGAGACGCACUUUGAGUUCCUUGCUGCCAAACCCGCCCCACAGCAGCAGCAGCAGCAGCAGCAGCAGCAGCAGCAGCAGCAGGCCUGCAGCAGCAGAAGGAGCACCAGGAGCGGCAGCUACUUGAAGGGCUCUACAGUCCACAGAACAGCUCAGUCGUGGGUGCCGCAUGCUGCUGCUGCUGUCGGUGCAGUGAGACAAAAACACCGCCCAGAAAGCGUGCAGCAGCAGCAGCAGCAGCAGCAGCAGCAGCAGGGGGAAGGUGUUGUGAAUUGGUGGACAGACAUCCAAAGGACGUUCUCUAGCAUCUUCACUCCAGGGCAGGAAGAUGCAAAUUCAGGGGCUGCUGCUGCUGCAACUGCAGCAGCAGCAGCAACCGCAGCAAGAAGCAGCGACGAGCAGCAGCUGCAGCAAACAGCAGUAGCAGGUGAGGGACUUCCGGAUUUCCAUGUGCAUUUCUGCAGCUGCAGCAGCAGCAGCAGCACUGAAAGCAGCAGCAGCAGCAGAAGCAGUAAUAACAUUUGGGGCAGAACCAGCAAGAGCAGCAGCAGCAGCAACACCGGCAGCAGCAGCAGCAGCAGCAACAGCAGCAGCAGUAGCCAAGCCCCUUAG